UCAUGUCUGCACGUCAUAUUGAAUUUCCUCUUCUGUCCUGUACUCAUAGGCCCUCCAUAGAUUCCACCACGACUUGAAGAUUGGGGACCGAAUAGAUGGCCGCACGUACUGGCAUCCGUCAUCAAACGUCCCAAUAGGCGGCCCCGUGCGCCAGCAACCAACCCACAGCCACGCAAAUGAGUGUCGUUCUGUGUGGCUCUUGAGAAACUUAGCCCAACUAUCAUGACCCAUCCAUGGCUUCACGCCCCCGUUAUAGUGCAGAACCACAGGCUGCCACGACGAAUUGGCAGCGUUAGUGUCCAUCGCACGAAGACCUGCACAAAAGCAGAGAGAGUGUUAGGAUGCAGGAAAGGCAGCAGGAGUGUGUGAGCCGUUACCUCCGUCGACAAAGACGUUGUACUCCGCUGGCAGCUCACGGAAGCUGCCAUUGAAGAAGAGAUUCAAACUCAGCUGGUCAUCGAGUCCCCACUGGCUGUUCCAUCCCCUAAUGGUGGAUGAGGCAUUGGAGCACCGAAUAGCUGGCAGAUUCAUCAGCAAAACACCUGAAAGACGGACCCAACCGAGAGAUGUUCGUGUCACACUUCGUAUGGCCGUUGCUCUAUUCAUUCUGCCUUACCCGAAUUAAAUGCUCUUCUGCCUCCAUUCCACCAAACUUUGUCGUGCGCUCCGACACUGAGCAGUAGCGGGUAAGGGUUGGUCAGCGGCCUGCCCGCCACAGCUUCAUCAGGUCGGAGAGGCACCGCAAACAAACCCUCCAGCGAUCCGUUGACGAUUACAUCGUAAUCAAGGUAAAGAACUUGUGCGAUAGACAGAGGUAGUAUGUCAGGCAGUAGGAUGCGUAGAUUGGCCGCACGCGUAAUACGGGCUUCGUUGCUGUUAUAACUGUUGCGUCGCACUGCUGAGCCGACGCGAUAGCUUCUCAGUGCCGGAAAUGUGUCCGCAAACUGGGUAAAGUUGAUCAGGUGCAGCUGCAAAGAGGGCCACCUUCUCCUCGACGCUGCUUCGUCCUCAAGAGCAACGAUUGUUGGGUGGUGAGCUGACACAUCCAUCGUCACAAGAUGUAUAUCAAGGCAGCCCGCCAGCGUCGUGUUGCGAUGGUUGACGUGUAUUGAGUUGAGGAGCGUCGGAAUGGGCUGAAGGCCGGCACCAUCCACACCAAGGGCUAUGUGGGCCUUGCGAUCACCACACGGCCGGUCCGAAGUGGCGCUGCCCUGUGCUCGCGUCAUGCAGUCGCGGAAGGCGUCUGUAUCUGGAAAGCCAGUGGCCCAUAGAGACUGGGAUGAGAGCUCCAGCGGCUGACGGCCUCUCGUCGGGAGGCGGAAAGGGGGCAUGAGCUGCGCGAGGAGGAAGAAAGCCACCAGCACCACCAU